ACUACUUUUCCGUUUCUGAAUGGAUUGCAAGAUUUAUGUAUUCUGUCAAAAAUGGAAACCAUGAAGUUACAAGCAGAUGAGAGGUCCAGUCAUCGAGUGGUUUAUGAAAGCCUUUGUCUUAUUCAAAAGAAGCAAACACAAUUUAAUAUCUUUUUUGACUACAUAUUUCAAGAAUGUUUCCUAAAAUUAUUUCCUGACUUGAAGAACAUCUUUCAACAAUUCAACACAGAUCCAAUGCUUGUGGAUAAAUAUAAGACUCCCACUUACACUGUAGAUGAGAGAUUGAAGAAAACAUUUCAACAAAAAAAGGUUGCAAUUUCUUUAACCAUAUCACAAAAGUUCCCUUUUCUGAAUGGAUUGCAAGAUUUAGAUUUUUUAUCAGAACGUGAAUCAUUGACCUUGCAAGCAGAUGAAAGGACCAUUCAUCGAGUGGUGUAUGAAAGCCUCUGCUUGAUUGAGAAAAAAGAAACACGAUUUGAAACAUUUUUUGAUUAUAUACAUCAAGAAUGUUUCUUAAAAUUAUUUCCUGAGUUACAGAACAUCUUACAAGAAAACAAAAGAGAUUGGAUGCCGUUAGAGGCUAAUUGCUCCAGAAUUGAAAUAUUUCAGCAUAAAAAGGUUGCAAUUUCACUUGCUAUAACACAGCAGUUCCCUUUUCUACAUGGAUUGCAAGAUUUGGGUUUUCUAUCUGAACAUGAAUUGUUGCUGCUGCAAGCCGAUAAGAGGUCCAUUCACCAUGUGGUGUAUGAAAGUCUGUGCUGGAUUGAGAAGAAGAAAAAUUACAUUGACACCUUUUUUGAUUACAUUUUUCAGAAAUGCUUCCUGGACUUAUAUUGCAAGCUAAAUGACAUCUCACAACAAAUCAAGGCACAAGAUGACCCUGUGAAUAAAUGUCCAGCCAAUGUUAUAGAACUAGAACAAAUUUUGAGCCGAGAGAAAAUUCGCUUUUCCAAUGUUAUUAAAGAACGUUUUCCAUUCAUGAAUGGCCUGCAAGACAGAGGAAUUCUAACUGAACUAGAAUUACUAGAACUUCAAGCAGAUGAGAGCACUACUAUGACUGUUGUGCAUAAAACUUUGAGCCUCAUCGAAAAGAAGAAAGACCUAAUACCAUAUUUCUUUGCCUAUCUGUCUCAAGACAUCUACCUUGAAAAGUUUCCCAAACUGAAGAAUAUUUUGCAGAGUCAAUUACAAAAUGAUACCACUGAACAGAGGUUGGGAAAUAGAAUCAGUAAGGAGCCAGAUAUCGAUGAGUCAGGAGUAAACGGUGUACUACCAGGAAUAGACCAAGGUCAGGAUUACAGAGGUGAUGCUGAAAGAAAAUCUGCAACCAAUUCUAGCCAAAUACCCAGAUGUCCUCAAAACUCCACCUCCAACAAUUUAUCUGAGGAAUCUGAUAUACAACAGUUCAUUGAAAAAUUUAACCUAUCCCUCUUUCCAGGAUCCGUACAAGCAAGUUAUGCCCCAGAGUUUGAGGACCUUCUUGAAUCUUAAACAACAUCCUUGCUCAAAACUUUUAACCAACCUCCUUUUCAAUGCAAAGAUCAAACAAAAUAUGUUUUUUUCAGAUAAUGACCAUGAUCAAAGACAAAAACGCCAAUUGUUUUAGUCUAGUGAUAACAAAUCAGGGU